AUGAACAGCAAUCAAUAUAAUAGCAAAAAAUUGGCUCCAUUUAAAAAGUCAAGAGAUUCUUUGAGAGAAGAGUUGAAAAUACUUUAACAAGAAUAUUAGUAAGAAGAAAAACUUAAUGAUUUUUAUUUUGAUGAAAUUGGACAUGCAGAAAAAGUAAUAAUAAAAUUUAAAUUCAGGAAUUUGAACAACUUGUAAAAUAGAUUGAUGAUUUUAAUAAACAUAAUCAUUCAUAAAAAAACACUAAAUAAACAGACUAAAAUUAAGGACUUGAUGAAACGAUAGAAAAAAAUGUUAUUGAAACACUACAACUCUUUCUUUUAAAUACUAGUAAGAAGGAAUACUUAGAAAGCAUUUAAGAGUAAGAAAUUGCAAAAAAAUAACAAUAAUUCGGUAAUUUAGUUUUGAAUUAACCAAAUUUGACAAAAGAAAAGGAAGAUCAAUAAAUUGAAGAAAUAAAUAAUGAAAAUGGUUAUUAUGUUACAUUAAAAUAAGGAGAAUCUUAAUUUGAAGUUAGAAUUCCUUAUCAUAUCAAAACAUUCAAAGAAUUAAAAUCAAUAGUAAAAUCAUGUUUCAUGGCUGAAGAAAAGGAAAUAUUUUAUACAGAUUAAUUAGGAAAUAUAUUAUAACUAGAUAUGAAUAUUCUUGAUGAAUUAUAUCCCUCGAUUUAUGAAUUACUUAAAAAUUAUUAACCUACAAUUGGUAUUUAAAUUAUCAAAUAGAAAAAAAUUAAAGAUAAUACUAAAUUUACAGAUGCUGAAAUUGACAAUGACGGUAUUUAUGAUCUUAUGACUAAAUAAUUGAGAACAACUAAAAGAGCACAAAAAUAAAUUAAUUGGUCAUCAUAUUUAAACUAUCUCACAAACUUUAAGUAUCUUAUGGAGUCUAUUAUAUUUCUAUCAUUGUUGAUUAUAUUUGCAGUGAUAGAAGUUGAUGAGAAUAAAUUUUUUACUAAUAGUUAAUUACUGGUCACAAUGAAUUCAUAAAUUUCUUUAACCAAAUCAUUUAUCAAUCCAGUCAAAAACAUUUCUGAUCUUAUUCUAUAAACUAUUCCAGAUGAAAAACAUUAAAAUCCAACUUAUCCUUUAAAGUCUGCAUUAUUGGUGUAAACUCUUGUUGGUAUUGUAAUUAUUAAUUUAUAUUUAGGAUAAAAUUGAAAAUUGUCACAUUUUGAAUGAAAAUUAAAAAUUGAUUUUUCUUGAGAAGAAUUAAUCUUGCUUAGAUUUCAAUCAUAUUAUUACUGAUGAUCUCGAUGAAGAUUUUACAUUUACCAAUUACAACCCUAAAUUUUACAAUCAAAAUUAUGGAGGUUAUGUUUGGGAAUUAGAUUUAACAUCUAAAGAGAAUUUUCUAGAAAGUUUAGAAAGAUUGGAGAAUGAACAGUGGAUAAAAUAUAAUAUUAAGCAAUCAAAAUUUAUUUUAAAUUACUUUAAUAGUCCAACUACAAGAAUAGUUCAAGUUAUGAUAACAACCUUAUAUUUAUUUAACGAUGUUUAAUUAUUUUUGAUUUUUAGAAUCUACUGAACUAUAAUAGUAUUUCAUCUGAAGCAUUCGAUUUAAGCGAAGAACCAGAUUAAUUAACUCUAUAUAAGAAUAUAAUGCUAUAUUGUUCGAUUGUACUUUUGGUUUCUUCAUUCUUUGGUAAUAAGAUUUUUUUUAUUUUUAGAUUUUUUUGGGAUAUAUUUAGUUGGAACAAAAAAUCAUUUAAUUGUCCUUUAUUUAUCUUACUUAGAAUUGGUUACAAAGAAAAAAAAAAUGUAAGCUAAAAGAAAGGAAAUAAAUGAACAAGAUCAUAAAGAUAUGUAAUAAAAAGAGUUGAUUCUAAGUGACUAUUUUAUAAUUAAUCUAAAAGUAAUUUUUAUUGUCAUUAGAAUCCCUUUGAUAUUUGAUAUCAUAUGUAAUAAUAAAGAUUUAUCUAGAUAUUUUGUGUUAAUUUGGUUUACUGAUUAAGAGAACAGUAGAAACAUAAUAUAAGGAUUAAUUAAACCUAAUGGAUGUAGAAUCAGAUUAAUUUUAAGACACGACUUCUCUAUUUACCCCAUUAAUUUUUUCUAGAAUUUAUUCAGCAGUUUUAAUGCUAUUUUUGAUGAUUUCAAUAGUAAGAUUUUUGGGUAAUUGGAGUCCAUAUUUGAAAUGUUAUGGUCUAGUUAUGAUUAGAGUAAAAAUAUAACAUAAUUAUAUAGUUCAAUAAAGAAUCAUGGUUUUUACUAUUAGUUUUAAUUUACAUUAUCAGUAUUUGCGCAAUGUCUUGGUCUCUAACCUUAUAAGGUAAAUUGAUUAAUCAUGAUAAUUUCUUUUUUACCUUUAUUGGAUUGUUAAGAUGUACUUUAAGAUAUGGUAUGCAUAAUGAUUUGGAUCAACAAGGAUUUCAUAAUAACUAUGCUAAAGAUAUAAGCUUUUCUUUUGAUACAAGAUAUGUAAUUUUUUUUGUUUAUUUACUCAUAGUUACAAUACAUAAUUAUAAUUACUUUAUCAAUGAUUAUGGUUCCUAUUUUUAUUUCAUUGAUGACAUAAUAAGUACAUAACACUAAAAUCGAAGCAAAAUAAAAGAUGUUAGAAAUGAAAAAGUCAACAGAAGAAUGA